UCAGGAUCAGCCACCUAGAGGCGACUUUGGUGCGCGCGCGGCGCCCUGGUGGCUCCCCGCCCUCCCCUCUGAUCAUGUUGACAUAAACGCAGGACAGGCCGUAGUACCGCGCGGCGCAGCGACGUUCCAGUUUCCGACACCUUCUUUUUAUAACUCGGCUCUAUUCCCCCAGCACUCGACCUGUGAAAACCACGCCUAUGCAGCCACACAAUUGGUCCGAAAGCGUCAAAGAGCCAAUCAACAAGCCUCGGGCUUCUGCAGCCCACAGCGCAGCCCGACCGUCCAGAGCCGCCGAGCAGACGCCCGGGGAAUUCUAGAGGCGGAGGAGGGUGGCGAGGUGCUCGCUCGCUCUCUUUCUCUCUCCCUCCCUCUACUCGCCUACUCCAGCUCCCAAUCACUCCCGUCUCUUCCUCCUUUCCUAUUUUUUUUUUUGCACCCGUUUUCUCGAUCCUCCCUCGCCCUGCGCUCCCGGACGCUGAUUUUUUUAAAUUUAUUAUUUUUAGGAAAGCGAUUUCGCUCACGUUUUUUUAGCACAAGGAAGACAGCCGAGUCCCCGAGGUAGAAGAUCGCAGGCACCAUUCGGAUCGCCACCCAGACACUGCGCGCAGUUCGGAGCCAGAGAGAAGACGAGGAGCGCGAACUGAAGCCAGCUUCGCAGUUACGAGUUUUGAUAACGUCGCUGGAAAGGGGCUUGAAUCAGUUUUUUUUUUUUAAGAGAGACUUUUCCUUCCCCCUUGAUCUCGCUCCCUGUGAAAGCCAGAGUCUAUCUAGCUCAACUAAGACGCCUCCUGCGAGAAAGCCAGAGAAGAGCUAGGGGGCGGGGGAAGGAGACGAAAAAAGGUUAAAAAAAAAAAGUCUCGGAGAACCUUGCGCUUUGGCAACAAAGAGCGUGGGAGCCGGGGAGCCACCCCGGGAAAAGGCUGUGUCUAUUUCCAGCUAAGCCACAGGGCUCGGGCGCCAGUCGAGCCCCUGCUUGCUGCUCGCCCUACUGCAACCUACUUCCAGGAGCGGCUUUUCAAACACACUCCACGCACCAGGACAGCCCCUGCAGAGGCUAUGUCUCCUGAUCUGUCGCCGUACCCUCUUUAAAAGCCUCAUUCUCUUCCCCCAAAGACACUUUACUCUUCCCUUUCAAAGACUUUAGUUGUAAUUUGUUCCUCUUUUAUUUUAAACAAAACAGAACUAUGUGUUGCUGUUGAAUUUUUUAAUUGAUUUUUUGAGAAGCAAAAACAAAAGCGGAGUCAAGCCAGCAGCUGCGGACUGGUUCCCUAUCCGGAGUGGAUGAGCCUCUCCAUGAGAGAUCCGGUUAUUCCUGGGACAAGCAUGGCCUAUCAUCCGUUCUUACCUCACCGGGCGCCGGACUUCGCCAUGAGCGCGGUGCUGGGCCACCAGCCGCCUUUCUUCCCCGCGCUAACGCUGCCUCCCAACGGCGCCGCGGCGCUUUCGCUGCCGGGAGCCCUGGCCAAGCCCAUCAUGGAUCAGUUGGUGGGAGCCGCUGAGACCGGCAUUCCAUUCUCAUCCCUGGGACCCCAGGCGCAUCUGAGGCCUCUGAAGACCAUGGAACCCGAAGAGGAUGUGGAAGACGACCCCAAGGUGCACCUGGAGUCCAAGGAACUUUGGGACCAGUUUCACAAGCGGGGUACGGAGAUGGUCAUUACCAAGUCGGGAAGGAGAAUGUUCCCCCCAUUUAAAGUGAGGUGCUCUGGGCUGGAUAAAAAGGCCAAGUAUAUCCUAUUGAUGGAUAUUAUAGCUGCUGAUGACUGUCGAUAUAAAUUUCACAAUUCUCGAUGGAUGGUGGCCGGUAAGGCAGACCCCGAAAUGCCAAAGAGAAUGUACAUACACCCGGACAGCCCCGCUACGGGGGAGCAGUGGAUGUCCAAAGUCGUCACUUUCCACAAACUGAAACUCACCAACAACAUAUCGGAUAAACACGGAUUUACUUUGGCCUUCCCAAGCGAUCACGCAACCUGGCAGGGGAAUUAUAGUUUUGGGACCCAGACCAUACUCAACUCUAUGCAUAAGUACCAGCCCCGGUUCCACAUCGUCAGAGCCAAUGAUAUUUUGAAACUGCCUUAUAGUACGUUUCGCACAUACCUGUUCCCGGAAACAGAAUUCAUUGCCGUGACUGCCUACCAAAAUGACAAGAUAACUCAGUUAAAAAUAGACAACAAUCCUUUUGCAAAAGGUUUUCGGGACACUGGAAAUGGCAGGAGAGAAAAAAGAAAGCAGCUCACCCUGCAGUCCAUGAGGGUGUUCGACGAGAGACACAAGAAGGAGACAGGGACUUCAGACGAGUCCUCCAGUGAGCAGGCAGCCUUCAACUGCUUCGCACAGGCCUCCUCUCCGGCUGUGUCCACUGUGGGGACAUCCAACCUCAAAGAUCUGUGUCCCAGCGAAGCCGAAAGUGACGCCGAGGCCGAAAGCAAGGAGGAGCACGGCCCCGAGGCCUGCGACGCAGCUAAGAUUUCCACCACCACCGCCGAGGAGCCUGGCCGAGACAAGGGCAGCCCGUCCACCAGGGCGCAGCUGUUCCCCGCGGAACCCGGGCGGGCCCGAGACACCGCGCGCCUGGACAAGGCAUCGCCAGAUUCGCGCCACAGCCCGGCCACCAUCUCAUCCAGCACGCGCGUCCCGGGAGCCGACGAGCGCAGGAGCCCUGGACGCGAAGGUCCAGGCGCAGUCAAGGUGGAUGAGGCGCGCCCACUGCCCUCCAAGGACGCCUUUGCGCCACUGUCAGUGCAGACCGACGCCGCCGCGCACCUGGCGCAGGGGCCCCUUCCGGGCUUGGGUUUUGCCCCAGGCUUAGCCGGCCAGCAGUUCUUCAACGGGCACCCUCUCUUCUUGCACCCCAGUCAGUUCGCCAUGGGCGGCGCCUUCUCCAGCAUGGCUGCGGGCAUGGGGCCCCUGCUGGCCACAGUAUCCGGGGCAUCCACCGGCGUCUCGGGCCUGGAUUCCACAGCCAUGGCCUCCGCUGCCGCAGCGCAGGGACUGUCCGGGGCUUCGGCUGCGACCCUGCCCUUCCAUCUUCAGCAACAUGUUCUGGCCUCCCAGGGCUUGGCCAUGUCGCCUUUUGGGAGCCUCUUUCCUUACCCCUACACAUACAUGGCAGCUGCAGCCGCGGCUUCCUCAGCGGCCGCCUCCAGCUCGGUGCACCGCCAUCCGUUCCUCAACUUGAACAGCAUGCGCCCCAGGCUGCGCUACAGUCCGUAUUCCAUCCCGGUUCCAGUACCUGACAGCAGCAGCCUGCUGGCCACUGCGUUGCCAUCCAUGGCUUCCGCCGCAGGGCCCCUAGACGUCAAGGCAGCCGCUCUGGCAGCCAGCCCGGCCUCGGUGGCGGUGGACUCCGGGUCGGAACUGAACAGCCGCUCCUCCACGCUAUCCUCCAGCUCAGUGUCCUUGUCACCCAAACUCUGCUCAGAGAAGGAGGCGGCUACCAGCGAACUGCAGAGCAUCCAGCGGCUGGUCAGUGGCUUGGAAGCCAAGCCCGACAGGUCCUGCAGCGGGUCCCCUUAAAAACAAACAAAAACAAACAAACAAACGCUCCCCCCCCCCCCCCAAGGUCUCUCCAUUCCAGAUCGGUCAAAUCUGCCAGUGCACUUUGUUGGACGGAAAAAUAAACCACAGGCCUUCCACGCAGGGUGAUAACCCAUCCUUUGAGUUUUGUCUGGGAAGGAGCCCCAUGCUCCUUCCAAAGAACCACAGGCCUUGUCUUCCUGAGCUGUGGAAACAGGCUGCUGUUGCGUUAAGACGCAGGGUGGGGCCGGGUUAGGGGGGGUGGCAAACUGGCUUUUGUGUCUAGAAUGACUUCUGUGGAGGCUGCUGUGGAACUUCAGUUGGGACUGAAGAACAAGGUAGCCAGGCCGGCCAGGAGAGAGGGUGUUUGAGAGACUGUGCCCAAAUCUCUUUCUUUCCCAUUUCGUGUGUCAAGUGGAAACACAAAUAAUUUUUCCCCUAAGCUAACAAACAAACCCCAACCGGGGACAAAUGAGGUCCCCGUGGAACUGUCUCUUAAGACUGAAAAUUCAAUCAGUUGCUGGGGAAGGGAGGAGGCCUUGCCCUUGCCUGGUCUAUAUUAGAGAAAUCCUGUGUCUUUUUAAUAUCGUGACGUUUUAAAGGAGGAUACCGGCCUUUUUCGCAUGUUACAGUUUUCUGGGUUUUAUUUUUGGAUUUUUUUUUUUUUUUUGGCUUUUACGGAAAAACAAAAACUCUGUCAGCCUUAACCCUGCUCCAAUCGGCAACCCCGAGGAAGUGGGGGGGCGGGGCGGGGUGGGGAUGAAAGGGAAGCAAUGGGAAUGAAAUCAAUUGAGUUUAUUUUAUCUAAGCGCUCGAUGUAGAGGGCUUCGUGUGCCUGUCGGACCAUUAGUUCUCUUAACUGUAUAUGCAAUAACAAGGUUUUAAAAGAAAUAAUAAAGAGGAAACACGACUAUUGGACAAAGUAUUUAUGUAAUUAUUUGAUAUCUCUUGUAAAUAGGUGGAAUAUGACCGCUCAGAAAGUUAAACUUUAAUUUAUUGAAUUGUACAUAGCUGGAUGUAAAUACGAGUGUGUCUGUCAGGUUUUAUUCUUGUUUUGCCUUUUGGUUUUUAUUUCCAGGUCAGAGAGAUGGCUAACGCACACUAACGAGCAUCUAUAUUCUGUCAAGCAGAGCUGGCUGCAGUUUUUUUAAAUGUCCGAAAGCUGGUGGAGGGGGGCGGGGUUGGGAAUACUGUUUCCUAUUUUCACCAAAACUGGGGAGCUACUGGCCCUUCCAGGCUCCUCUUGAAAUGUCCUAAACUCUGACACCCUGGGAGGGGAUAAGAUUUUGUGGGAGCUGAGGCCACCAUUUAAAACCCUCCUAAGUGUUCAUACUCAGUCGGCUCUGGCAUCUUCUAACUCAAGUGAGGUUUUCUUGCGAUUGUUCAUCUUGACGGUGUUUUGGAUUGGUGCACAGCGGGACUCACACAACCAUGAAAGGCAAAACAAACUAAAAAAGAAAAAACUAAAAAAAAUCCAUGAAGGCAUAUUUUGUGUUUAGUCCUUGAUGAGUUUUCUGUAAUUCUCCUUAAAAACAUCAGUGAAAUUUCAAUAAAUUUUUAUUGAAAUGA